CCAGAGUCUCCAGGAGCUCCCCUGUCUGAGCCUGCCCACCCGGGGACCUUUACACAGCGGCGACCCUCUACCUCUGGCGAGCAACGACACCGCCCAGCGACCUUCUCACCGAGCCAGUGAACUCAACACCGGGCAGCCGGCGCACCUGCGGCAGGAUCCCUGGGCCCCGACCGGCUCCCAGCAUCAUCAUAAUCAGCAGCAGCAGCAGCAGCCGCAGUCGGAGAAGGAGCCUAUUUUUCCGAGCUGCCACUGCAGUUUUUCCGAACAGGAGGCGAGCUUUACUAAAAAUCAGCACCAUCCUGUCGAUUCUCUCCCACCACCGCAGCCCUCCCCACCUUUUCCGCCGCCUAUACCACCGCCACCGACCUCGUCCUCCUCCUCCCGGCUCUUUCCCCGGGCAUCUAAAAGAGGGGAUCGACUCCAAAGGAGUGCCAAUAAUUACUACCAACAGGCAAGCAUCGUGGAACGCUGCAGGGGAGGAGGAGGAGCAGAAGGGCACCAAGACCACAGGCAGUUGUUGCAGCAGCAGCAGCAGCAGCAACAGCACAGUAAUUCAAGACUCCAACAGAGGGACCCCUCCCCUGAAGGAAUCCGUGCAAACUCGCUGAAAGGGCGCUCUUUAAAUGUAUGUGAGUCAAACGAGGCAAACCGGAGAGUAUUUGAGUCUCAGACUCAGCAACUGCAGCAACAGCAACAGCAGCAACAGCAGCAGCAGCAACAACACAUCCCACAAUUGCGAGCGCAGCAACAGCUGCUGGUGGGAAGCAGUUUGCCUAUCAACUACUGCGCCAGCGGCUCACAAGAGAUAUGUAGGACUCAUCAGGCUCCACUGCUGCAACAGCAACAGCAACAGCAACAUCAGCAGCAGCAGAGGCAGCAGCAGCAGCAGCAGCAACAAGGAGCUCUGGGUUUCUGUACCCAACGUCCGCAGCAGCAGCAGCAGCAGCAGCACUGUGAACAAAACCGCAAUAAGAGUGACAGCAUCGCCGCGCAUGGCCAACCGCAGGCGCAGCCACACAGCGUAACCCCCCCGGUAACACAACAGGCGUACCCGGGCAACUCUUCUGCGACUGGCAGCAACAGUAAGAGCAACAGCAGCAGCAGCAGCAAAUACAGCCCCAACUACGGCUCCAGCUAUCACCUGUGGCCGGAGAGCCCGCAUAAAGGCGAGGAGAGGAUACGCAUCGACCUCCAUAAGGCCACAACUGAGCAGAAGAAGCUGAGCCAUGCUGGAUCCAAGCCCUCCCUCUCCGAGAGCAGCGGGCGACUCCCUCAGAUAGCCAUGAACACCUGCAAGUACAAUGGCGGCGUGGUGAGACCACUAGUUGGCAGCCUGGCAUCCUCGUCUCGCCGCAACCUUGCAGACCUCGACUCGGAGACUCAGCCCUUGCAGACCCUGCACAGCUCCGGCCUGGAGGUGGUGGUGUCCAAGGGCAACGGCGGCGAAGACCCCAGCAAGACGUCCAACGAGAAUCUAGUCAGGGAAGGCAGUGGGCGUGGCAGAGGCAGAGCGCCGCAGAAGAAGAAUAGGGACAUUGGCUACAAGCUCGGCCACCGGAGAGCGCUGUUUGAGAAGCGGAAGAGGCUUAGCGACUACGCACUUAUCUUUGGGAUGUUUGGAAUUGUUGUCAUGGUGACAGAAACGGAACUGUCCUGGGGAGUUUACAGUAAGGAAUCACCAUACUCAUUUGCACUGAAAUGCCUUAUCAGCCUUUCCACUGUUAUAUUGCUUGCUCUUAUAAUAAUGUACCAUGCCCGGGAAAUCCAGCUGUUUAUGGUUGACAACGGUGCGGACGACUGGAGGAUAGCCAUGACGUAUGAGCGGAUCUUCUUCAUUGUGUUAGAGCUGUUGGUGUGUGCCAUCCAUCCUAUACCAGGCCAGUACGUCUUUACCUGGACGGCACGGCUGGCUUUUACCUACACGCCGUCGGUGGCUAAUGCCGACGUGGACAUCAUUCUCUCCAUCCCCAUGUUCCUAAGACUCUACCUCAUCGGCAGGGUCAUGUUGCUACACAGCAAGCUGUUUACAGACGCUUCGUCUCGCAGCAUCGGCGCUCUAAACAAGAUCAACUUCAACACACGCUUUGUCAUGAAGACCCUCAUGACCAUCUGUCCAGGAACUGUUCUGCUGGUGUUCAGUAUAUCCUCCUGGAUCAUUGCUGCAUGGACUGUACGAGUCUGCGAAAGGUAUCAUGACAAACAGGAAGUGACCAGUAAUUUCCUGGGAGCCAUGUGGCUCAUCUCGAUUACCUUCCUCUCCAUUGGCUACGGAGACAUGGUACCACACACGUACUGUGGGAAAUGCGUGUGUUUGCUUACAGGGAUUAUGGGAGCUGGCUGCACUGCACUAGUAGUGGCAGUGGUGGCCAGAAAGCUGGAGCUGACCAAGGCUGAGAAGCACGUCCACAAUUUCAUGAUGGACACACAACUCUGCAAACGAGUAAAGAACACAGCUGCCAAUGUACUCAGGGAAACAUGGCUCAUCUACAAACACACCAAGUUGGUCAAAAAGAUAGAUCACGCCAAGGUGCGGAAACACCAGCGCAAGUUUCUCCAAGCCAUUCAUCAAGCUCAGAAACUGCGCAGUGUGAAGAUGGAGCAGAGAAAACUCAAUGAUCAGGCCAACACCUUGGUGGACCUGGCAAAGACCCAGAAUGUGAUGUAUGACCUGGUGUCAGAACUGCAGGAGCGCAGUGAGGAGCUGGACAAGCGCAUCGGCACACUGGAGGACAAGCUGGACUCUGUGACGGGCAGCCUGCAGGCUCUGCCCUGCCUCAUCUCCCAAGCCAUAACGCAGCAGCAGCAGGACUUCCUGGACGGCUUUGUUCACCGCUUUCGACCCGCUUCGCUAGCUUCGGAGCGCUCCGAACGCUCUGAGCGAUCCUGGACUUCCACCGCCCGGAGGAGGCGUUCGCCCUCCACUGCACCACACACAUCCUCUGAUAGUGGAUAGUUUUAACAAAUACUCUACAAUCACCUUCAAGUCACCACUUCCUCCCACAUCUAAAUUUGUCCUUGUAACCACUGGAGAGUCCAUGUCUGGACUAAUAAAGGACCCACACCUUGACAUCUGACCUGAUCCCUGACCCCUACUCUUUGCUUCCUAUCCCCUUCCUCCACAAUCAACGUCAAACCCAAACACCGAUUCCUCUGUGACUGAGCCGCUCAGCACAGGACUGGAUCAGAGAAACAACGAAAGGCAUAUAAAGACGCGAAGCAAGUUAAAAAAACACACACACACACACACACACAAAUGCAUCCAAAAACAGAAAAAGAGGGAAAAAAUAUCAAAAACAUCUGAAAACCGAGCUAAAGUAGAGAUAUGGUUUAUGUUUUAGCCAUUGUAUGGCUGUUCAAGUUAGCUUUUUUUGUAAAAGCCCUUGUAUAGUUAAUAAAAAAGACUGAGUUCAGGGUCGCUGGGGUGAGAGCUGGCUAUCACACCGGAGAGUCCUUAAACAUGAGGGGGAAGUUGGUCUGUGGAGCUGAGGGGCUGCGGAUCGUCUGCCUGCCCCUCUAAAGAACAUGGAGGACAUGUGUCCAACCAUCUGUCCGUUUAUCCGUUUGUCCAGUGAGAGGAGUAAGACGAACUGCUGGAUUUCCCUUUCAACAAAGACUAGAAAUGUCAUGGAUUCUUUCCCAAAGUUAGGAGGAAACUGUUAAGAAGAGGUGUCGAAGGCUCUGACCACAGGUUGGAGGUAGAAGUGCACUGGGGUUGAAGGGAAAGUGCUACACUAAAAGGGACGCUUCUUGGCAUUACUACUGGGUAGAAAAAAAAAAAUUACACAAUUUGCCAACUUCAAGGUCACAGAUUCCUUGUUCUUACCAAGGAACAAACGAGAGCGACUAUCUUUUUUAGUUACAUAUUGACAUGUGAUUUUUCAGUGCCUGAAUGUAUAAAUAGUAGAGGGUUAUUUAAUUACUAAUUUCAGAGCUUUUUUACGAUGUUAACAGUCUGAAUACAGCAUUGCAUUCCUUUUUCAGAUACAUUCCUCUCCAAAAAAUUUCAAAGAAAAUGUCUUAAUGUGAUGCAUAGCAUUGCCUCCAUUACAUCACACAGCAGCCCUAAAUGUCUUUUGAAAACCUGGUUUUUCCUUUUUCCUACUACUACUAACACCUUGAGGAAUGUUCCAGGAGCAGGUGACAGUGGGACAGUAUGUACGAGUGUGUCUGUCAGAAAACAACAGGUUCACUUUUAGCUCAAUGCUGCACACACCCAUGCACACGACGUACCACAGUAUGUACGUACUAUCUACCUUUCUCUGCACCACUAAUUAGAGCUUCCCGUGGUCUUAGAUAAUGGCAUGGCUUGAGGUCUACUGGUAUAUUUGGCCACACUCACACACACACACUCUCUCUCUCACACACACACACACACAGACAUCGCUGGUUGAACUGAGGAACCAAACCCGUCCUCCUCCUGCAUGGUUCUGUGCUAAAUUCAAUGGGACACAGAUUUUUCUAGGAUUGCUUUCUGACUUUAUUGAGUUUGAUUUCAUUGUUUUUACUUCCGUUUGUUUGAUGCAUUUUUUACGACUCAGAUACGAGGAUGAGGGGUUUGUCCAUUUGCAGAACAUAAAGAGUUGCAGUACUGUGAAGUACUUCAGGUUUAAUAUAUGAGGUAAAGACAAAUUAAUAAGGCCUACUAAAAAUAGUGGAGGAUAUAUAAAAAAUAAUCAACAUUGUUGGGACUAAGGCCUGCCUACCUUCUACUGCAGUGUCAUUUUUGAACAGCAGGGUCCUGGGAGUGACAUGGAGGAAGGAAAAACUCUGAAAGAUCUUGCAUAAAAAAAGUUACAUUUAAAAAAGGGUUUGUGUUUAAGCUUUUUAUCAUUUCAAAGUGGAAAAAAAGUGUUAUAAUUUAUGUACAUCUAUAUGUAGUAUUUUAACACGAAUUAGGACAAAAAUAUACAAUUCUUAAAUAAACAAAUCACUAUAACUUACUUAAAACUAAACAGCGAUAGAGGCAUGAGUUUUUGUUGUUAUGUUAAGUUUAGAGAAUAUUAUACUAAUAUACAUUUCCAACAAAUGAGUUACACUUCUACACAAACUAAUGACAAACUUAUUUCCUCUCACAACUAAACAAUGAAACUAUGAUCUAUCUAGUGAUUUGUGCAAGAUCUUGCAGGUUGUUUUUCCAUCCAUGGCUCCUCAGGGGGUGCAUACCUCACUAGAUUAGGAGGGUGUUUAGAAGCUGCUAUCCUGGCUGUAAUCUAAACAUAGAUAUUAGAUAAAAAAUGGGUGUAAAGAUGUAUGAAAAGUAAAGCCCAGGUCUGUGACCAGGAAAUUACAUGAGGCUCUCAUUAGAAGUCGAUAAACUGAUAACCCCAAGUGGCCCAACGUAGACCCUUGUGUGGCCAACAUAGACUCACUGGCUGGUGGCCGUAUAUAACCUGAAGUAAACCUCAACUGCUCUAUUGGUGUCAGAAUUAACUCUGUGUAAUUGGUUUGAAAGUCUAGAGAAUAUGAGGCUUCUUUUAACAUAAUUUUCAAUGUCAGUAACCGUGUCUCUAAUGGUACUGAUGACGCUAAUGACCUAAUGGUGCUUUCAGGUGUUUAGUUGCUGCCUGUGGCCCUAGAUCGUCUGAUGAACAGAGAUCACAAAAGGAAAUUACUCUUGUGAUUGGGCUUAAAGACACCUUUGUGUGGUUUUCUGUCACUUUCCCUAAAACAUAGUGAGCUAACAUUAGCACUAACAUUGGCCCUAGUUUGGGUUUAUCUUUUUUUUCCACCAGCAAUUAAAAGUAACAACACCACAACAACUCAAGGCACGGACAAAGUGCCAGUCCAGUUGCCUACUUUGGUUUUCUAAUUUACAAUCCCACUCUGAAGAAAAUAGACGAUUAGUAAUGACAGACAUUAUGCAACCAGUGUCUAAACACGAAUGGGUUUUCAAUUUUUGUUAUGAUUUAUUUAGAGAGGGGGGUGAACCUAGUAUUUGAGACCAACAACUCUCGAGUUCUUUUUUUAAACCAUUAACUUCCAUUUCUACAAAGAUACAUGUACAACUAUCCAAGCACUUCCAGUCUACUUUCAAGCAUUAACUUUGCAAACACUAAACCAUUUCCUAUUUCUGUUAGGUGUACCAACCUCAUUAAAAGUGUGAGAAAAAGUUCCAAAAAUUACCUUUUCAAAGAGAUGAAAUAUAUUUCAAAAGAAACUGCCAAUAAGGAAGUCAGCAGGUGGGUGGCCACGCGGCCCGUCCAAGUAGAUUAAGUGAUAAUUACUAAAUGCUCUUGUUAAUACUUCUUGCAGCUUUAAGCUUAGCCAGGUCUAAGUCAAAUCCUGCCAGCAGAGGGAGAGUGCAGUCUCCUGCUGCUCCUCAACUGGACAGAGAGCACUUCAUUUAACACAACAGUGAGACGCUACAAGUAGAACUUAAUCAAGCAUGAAUAUUAGGUUGUUUCCUUUAUCCUUUUUUGAGGUGAUGAAGCAUGAAUCUUGACUUCCUCCCCACCUUCAGCCACUUCACUUCUCAUACAGUGCUACACUCAACUCUUCCCUUUAGACAUUGUAGUCUACUUUAAUCUGGGUCAACCACUGAGCCCUAACAGCGUUUAUGAGACUGUUGACCUCACCGUCAUACAUUUGUACCCAGUGUUUCCACAACUUUAUUUUACUGGAUUUUUCUCCUUCUGUUUGUCACCUGUCAUCAUUAAGAACAACCAUCCUUCUGGCUUACGGUGGCUCACAGUAAAGACACCUGGUUGGUGUUCAUGUAAACACGCAAACAAAAGCAGUGGAGGAACCUCCCUCCCUCCAGGUCCCCUUUCCAUGUUGCACUCAGUGUAUAAUAUCCUGUUACACCAGAUACUGUCCAAAGUUUUUCUUCUCCAGGCAACAUGAAAUAGUAGAUUAGAACAAAAAGAAAGAUGAGAGUUAAAGCUCAUUAACUGACAGAUGUCUGUUUUGGCCUCAGGGUGUGAACAGCAAGAGUGAGCGUCCUGUAAAUAUGACCACAUGGUAGAUGUAGUCUAAACGGAACAAAUGGUGAACUGAGGGUAAAUGGGUCCAGUGCACAGCAUGAUGCAAGAGUAGACAACCUUGAAAGGUCGAAUUAUUCUGGAAAAUAAAAUAUUUUUGUCUGUUUUCCAUUUGAUUUUUCUUCUCUUCAUAGAGCCACGGUCAUUUGGUUACGUUUCCAUCUGUCAUUUCACUUUAGAAAGUUUGUUCUCUUCGCUUCUUCUUCGUCCUGUCACUGCAAAGUCCUGCCAGAACACCAUUCCAAUAUUGAAUAGUGACCCAACUGAAUCCACUAGGAAACAGAACAUCAUGUAGUAUUUUGUAAAGAGUAAGUGAGGGACAUUCAUGAUGUGAUUUCGAUUAUGGUAGAUGAGUCUAAGUGAUGAACCCCACAAUCUUAGAGCAGGCAUCAGAACACGCCUCAACUGAAUGACACCCCCCAAAAGUAAGGAAUUGUUCCCCAACCAUUGUUCUGUGUACACUGCCACAUGAUGCAUUAUGUACGUAGUAACACUGGAAUAAAUCAACUUUUAAUGGAUGGCAAAUGGAUUUAACAUAUUCUCUGUAAACUGUUUGGCUGUUCCUUCAUUUACAGGUGAACUUUUGUCCUAGCAAGGAGAGAAGGUGAAUCAUUAAAGACUAUCUUCAGCUA